GCCGGUGGAGUGGCGGCCGCGAGGUCCGAAUGGGGGGCCGAAGCGCUCGCAGGGGUCAGCCCGGGCUCAGGAGAGGCCUCGGGCCUGCCGAGGCAGAGGGGGACCACGAUGGCCGCCGCCGCCGCCGCGUCGGCGGUGUCGCCUCCUCAUCCUCAUCCUCCUCAUCCUCCUCCUCCUCAUCCUCCUCAUCCUCAUCCUCAUCAUCCUCCUCAUCCUCCUCCUCAUCCUCCUCCUGGCCUGGAUGUUGUUGGACAGGCGGCCGCUCGGUCCGCUUGGGGGGCCGAAGCGCUCGCCGCCGUCACGCCGUCCUGCCUGCCGGCGGCGGCGGCGGCGGCAGCGGCGGCGGGGAUUGGAGGCUGUGCGGGAGCCGUCGCGUUCCGCCCAAUCGCACCGCGCUACCCCCACGCUCCCGUGCAGCGGCAGCAGCAGCAGCCACAGCAACAACAGCAGCAGCAGCAGCCGCAGCAGCAACAGCAGCAACAGCAGCAGCAGCAGCAGCAACAACAGCAUCAGCAGCAGCCACAGCAACAGCAGCAGCAGCAGCAGCAGCCGCAGCAGCAGCAGCAGCCGCAGCAGCAGAGUCAUCGACGGUUGAACCCCGAGCAACAGCAGGGGUCAGGCAUGAGCUGCUGCCCCGAUGUUCACUUGGAGAGGCUGAGCAGUUGCCUGCAACAGCAGCAGCAACAGCAGCAACAGCAUCAGCAGCAGCAGGCACAAGAUAGGCUUCGGCAUAGCGAGAAGAGUCUGUAUCAGCAGCAGCAGCAACAGCAGCAACAACAGACACAAUCGCACGAUAGGGUGCAACAGGAUGAGUGUCUUUAUCAGCAUCAGCAUCAUCAUCAUCAGCAGCAGCAGCAUCGAUCUCAUGAGAUUCUCCGGCAAGAUCAGAAUGUGUAUGAGCAUCAGCAAAAGCUGCUUUAUCAUCAGCUAGACCACCAGCAGCAGCAGCAACAUCAGCAGCAGCAGCAGCAGCUACAGGCGAAUGAGAGUCUCUAUCAGCAGCAGCAUCAUCAUCAUCAGCAACAGCAGCAGCAGCAGCACGGCGGACUAGAGGAGGAUCGAUGUCUGUAUCAGCAGCAGAUGCUGUUUCGACAGCUGAACCACAACCACCACCACCACCACAACCACAGCAACCACCACCAAUAUCAGCAGCAGCAGCAGCAGCAGAAUGUGAACAUCCGUGAUUCGGCGCUGGGGUUGUCUUUGUCGCAAGACGUCAACUUCCAAGCGAGCAUGGAGCAGGGAUUGGACAUCGCCGAGGAGCUACUGCAUCAUCGGCAGCAGCAGCAGGAUCAGCAGCAGGAUCAGCAGCAGCAGCAGCAGGAUCAGCAGCAGCAAGGGCAGAAUGGGCAGGCGGGCGAUGUCCAGGUGUGUCAACACUCCUUGGAAUCUCAGCUGGAGGACAUUGCCAGCGUGACCCAUCAGCUCUCAAAGUCACAGGUGGUGGAUCCGUUGCCCCCAGCGUUCCCAGUGACCCCCAAAGGAAGCGGCUUGGGAUACGGCGUGGGGUUCGACCUCAACGACUUCAUAGACCAGUCGUUCACCAGCGGACACGGCGGGGACAGGGACGGGUCCGCCGAUUCCGCGUCUCUGUCCGCGUGUCUGCUCACCGAGUGGCUGUCCGGCCGUGAGCUCGACCCGGCGGAGAUGGAGCGGCUCCAGCGGGAUCUGGAUCCCGGGUCCCCACGCUCUCCACCCCCCACCUCGCCGUCAACCCCCCGCCUCUCGGGGGGGCGGGGGGGAGGUCUGAACUAACACUAUUGCAGGCAGUGUCCUCCCCGACUUACGAACGGCCCCGACUUACGAACACGCGCACUUACAAAACCGACUUCCACGAGAUUUGUCUUUUUUUUUUACUUGAACGUGAACUGGCGCAUACCUUUUUUUUUU